CAAUACCUAAACAGUGAUGUAUUCAUUCGUCUUUUUAAAAUGAGAACGUGACAAAACAUUUCAUAUAAAACUCAUCGAAGAAACUAUUUUAUUUAAAAAAUAUAUCUAUUGAAGCUUGAUGCUCAUUUUUUAUUUAUUUACAUAGUGAUGAAGAUUCUCAUAGUUACGGCGUGGUAGAACAUUCUGCGUGUUUGAUUAUCGCCCUUUCCGCAAAAUAUUACUGUUAAAGGUUAUUGUUGAUUGAGGUAAAAAAUAUACAUUAUACAACACUAAUUAUAAGUUAAAAUGGAAGAAAUUAAUGGCGAGCUUUAUGGGGAUGGCCUUGUUAGUCUUGGCGAUGAAGGUUCUUUGGAAGCUUCUGAUAAUGGAAAACAAGAACAAAAUUGUAAAAUUUGCGACAAUAAACUAUGCAGUCCUCGUGUAUUGUCAUGCCUUCAUGUAUUCUGUGAAGUAUGCAUUGACAAAUUGAUGGUAAACGAAGCUGGGGAUUCCCUUAAAUAUGAUUUAGCGGUCGAGUGCCCUUUGUGUAAACAAGAAACUAAGGUGAUGCCUGGAGGAGGAGCUGCAUCACUCCCUUCAGACUACGUCCUCACUAAUAUCUUGGACGUUUCCUCCAUGGAUCAGUCUGUAGUUUGCACUUGCUGUAAGAGUAAAGAGCCAGCCGUUGCAAGAUGUACUGAUUGCUCUCAUUUCUUAUGUUCCAACUGCAACUCAGCCCAUGAGUUCAUGAGGUGCUUUGAAAACCAUCGCGUUGUCCCAUUCGACGCCUUACGAUCAUCCAAAGAAAAGACGGCUGUACAUAAGCCGAUUUUCUGCACUCGUCAUGUAGGCGAAAGCCUCAAAUUUUACUGUUGCGAGUGUGAGGUUGGGGCUUGCACAGAAUGUCUAACAGUUGAUCAUAAAGUUGGAGAACAUCGUUGUGAGCGCAUUGUUGAUGCGGAACCAAAUCUCCGCGCUGAGCUUAGGAAUUUUAUUGUCGAAGCAAAUGCUCGUGCAGUUUCCGCUGGGAGUGCAUCUGCUAGACUCGAUGAUGCUUUAGGCGAUUUGCAACGACAAAGAGAUGACGCUGAAAGCGUCAUUAAAGAGGCUUAUCAUGCAUACAAAGCAGCUCUCGAGAGACGUCGUGAGAAAGCUUUGGAAGAACUGGAGAGACUGCACAAAGAAAGAGAACUGAAAGUAAUGGAUUUGUUUGAUCGCGUCGAUAAAACCGUUCAACGUAUAGAUUGCGCAUGCAAAUUUGCUGCGAGACUUCUUCGAAGAGGUGAUGGAACCGAAAUUGUAAUGUUAAAGAAAAUUGUUGCAUCUCAAUUUGCACGUCUUUUGGAAGGUGCUCCUGAAUUCGACGUCGACUAUUCCGUGGAGUUUGUUACGAAAUUGGAAAAAUUCGAUUCGAUAGCCGAAGACACAUUUGGCACAUUCCGCACUGAAGCAACUAGAGCGGAAGAAAGAAAACGUGCUAGCGAAUCUUCGGCUAUAGUUUCAGUCGCAUCCAAUGCUCAUUCACCGGCUGUGUCAGUGACAAAUGCACCUGUUUUCGAUGAUUUUCCUUUGGGAAAUGUUCGUCGGGUUACAGGUGUUAGCAACAUGGUGGGUGUUCCAGGAGUUGGAGGUGUACCAGCUAUAGGUGUACCGGGAGUGGGUGCGGUGCCAGGAGUAGGAGCCGUGGGAAACACCAAUGUCAUUCCCGGGGUAGUCAAUGUUAAUAGUGUACCCGGUGUUGGCGCUGUAACGGGUGUUGGUGGAGUUUCAGCGUUGCCAUCGAUGGUAGAAUACAACUUGCAACAACUAGCGAGCAUAGCUGAGAAGGAAGUUCCACCGCCACCUCAUGCAUCACCGGCUCCAUCUUUUACUCUUGCCGAGCUGCUGGCCGGAGAUCUUAACUCGCCUCAAGCCUACAAUAACUUGCAAGCACUUGCUAAACUCGGAUUGAAUACUGAAGUCAACGGUUUUGGAGGAGUUGGUGGUGUCGGUGGUAUCGGUGGAGUCGGUCCUCGUGGAGUAUCUCCUGGUAGACCUUUGUUGACUGCUGCCGAAGAAGCUGCGCUUGUUGCGCCACCAGCGCCCCUUGUCCGGGCCACUAAAGCUACCCCCAUGCAUAUAAGAUUCAAAUUCGGUCAACUCGGCGGGGGCAAGGGCCAAUUUAAUUCACCACACGGAUUUUGCCUAGGCAAUGAUGAAGACAUCAUUGUUGCUGAUACUAAUAACCAUCGCAUUACGGUAUUUGACAAAUCUGGCAAUCACAAGUUUAAUUUUGGUGUGGCUGGCAAAGAAGAGGGUCAACUGUGGUAUCCACGUAAAGUUGCCGUUGUACGAGCUACAGGAAAAUUUGUGGUCUGCGAUCGUGGAAAUGAAAGAUCACGAAUGCAAAUUUUCACCAAAAAUGGACACUUCUUAAAGAAGAUCGCUGUGCGCUUCAUCGAUAUUGUCGCUGGUUUGGCUGUCACAGCUGAAGGACUCAUUGUUGCUGUCGACAGUGUGACUCCUACAGUUUUUAUCUUAUCUGAAGAGGGCGAUCUCAUGAGUUGGUUCGAUUGUAGUGAAUGCAUGAGAGAGCCAUCGGAUAUUGCCAUCAGUGGCAAGGAAUUCUACGUGUGCGACUUCAAGGGGCACUGCGUCGUAGUGUUCGACGACGAGGGCCGGUUCCUGCGUCGCAUCGGUUGCGAGAACGUGACCAACUUCCCGAACGGCAUCGACGUGUCGGACGCGGGCGACGUGCUCAUCGGCGACUCGCACGGCAACAAGUUCCAUGUCGCCGUGUUCUCGCGAGAGGGCGUUCUCGUCACCGAGUUCGAAUGCCCCUAUGUCAAGGUUUCUCGCUGCUGUGGACUUAAGAUUACAUCUGAAGGUUAUAUCGUCACUCUGGCUAAGAAUAAUCACCACGUUCUAGUCCUCAACACCCUUUACAUUGUCUGAGGAAUAACUCAAUGGCUGUAAGUCUGCUUACUACAAGAUCUCACAUUUAUUCCUUAUAUUAUUAUAUUUAAUUGCUGAUUUUACAAAGCUUAAAUUUUUGCUAAAACAGUAUUCGACUACUUACUUUGUUGUUUUGUGUUUUCCAUUAUAGUUAAAUUUUAUCCAUUUGCGGUGAUCUGUGGUAAUCCUUUUUUUUUCUAUAUAUUUUUUUUUUCCUUAUGUUGUGGAAUUUGAAUUAAGGAUUGAAUAGAUGUCACUGCCGAUGGAUAUAUAUGAUUCCCAAAGUACUAGACUCUUUCGUUUUUGGUUUAAUUCAUCUCACGUUUUUUAUUAUGGUUGCAUUUAGUUGUUAUUAUUAACAAACGAUCCAAAGUUUAGGCUAAUAUCUCUUUUUUUACAUAUGUUAUGAUCCAGUCAAUAUGCAUGAAAGAAGGAUAAUUACUUUGAUUGUAGAGUUCUCAUAUUUAGGAGAAUUCGAUAUAAUUCAUUAUGAAACAAAUGUUUUGGUUCCAUUAGUAAUUAGACGUUCCAUCGUUUAUGUGAUUACUUUGUGUUGUGACCAAGAAUAUAGUAAAGCUCGGCUCACUAUUGUUGUGCGAUUUAAGUCUAACAAAUGUAUAUUAUAAACAAUGUUUUUCACUGCCAAAUAUGAUUGGUCUAUGAUCAAAACAUAGCAUAUUUGCACUUCUGACCAUUGACUGGAAUUACGAUUAUGUUUCUAAAUUUAGCAGCUGGUAUGGUUCCUAGUUCGAGUGAAGUUAAUAAUACAUGUCAAUUAGGGGUCUGCGUGGGAGUGUCGCCUCAUUAUCUUUGCGUUACUCCAUAA